UUUUAAUCCUUUAUUAUUGGUUAGUUUUUUCACAUCUUUCCUUCUUUGUUUUUUCUUUUCUGUUUUUACUUUUUCCAUAUCAGAAAAGUCAUCAUUAAUCUUUUCGCCGAUCCCCACUUCGCUUUUUCCAUCAUCCCAUAUCGAAAAAAAGCACAAAAAGUUUCUACCUUUAGCCCCAUAAUAACCAUAUAUAAAAAAGCUCUGUAGUUAAACAUUAUCCGGGUAGAGCCCAACUUUUCUCUGCUUGCUUUUCUUGGAUUUGGACUUGGAUUUUGCCUUUUCUUUUUUGGUUGUUCAUGAUGAUGGAUAAUCAUCUCACAAUUACAACAUUAACAUCAUCAGCAUAAUCUCUCAAUCACAUGCAUGUGUAUUGCUGAAUAGUGGGUCACAUCCAUGAUCUGUGCUUUCUUAUGCAACGUUGACUUGUUGUUUGAUAGUGGGAAUUGUUUGGAUGGGUUUGUUUUAUGGCAACCGUUUUUGACUGGUAGGAAAUUUUCACGGUGUAAUUAUAUGAGAAUUGGAAUAUAUGUAAGUUCUUUUGAUGUUCAUCGUUGACCUUGUUUUGUAUUCAAGAUUUUAAGUUUGGAAAAGUAUGCAAAGUUUGAACUGAGACAAAUCUCUUGGACAGAAGUAUGUUAUAGUUUAAUAGCUUCGUGUGAAAUUUUUUUUUAACUAUAUGGAUUUCUUCCUGGUUUUUUGCAACAGGUAUUUCUUGGAUUCCAAGACGGUAACCGUGGACAACUGAAUAACAAGGAGAGACUUCUUUGCCGGUUCUUUUGGGUUUCUCUUUCCAGCCGUAGGUUUUGAAAAGUACCAUUUGAGUUGCUUUUAGCUGUAUCUGAUUCGGAGGCAUUAAUUAGGAAUUUAUAGUUGGAAAGAUAUAGGGCAUAUCUGAUUAAAGGGGAUUUGUCCUGGUCUUGUCAGCUUGUUCUUUAAGGAAAUUAGAGUCAUACUGGUUAUUCAAGGAGGUCUCUUUGGUUUUGGAAGUUUCAAGUUAGGAGGUUGAAUUCUUGUUGCCUUUUUGGAGUAGGCAAAGAAAAGAUAGCAGAACAGUAAGAAGGAAGGACCUUUGUUCAUUUUGUGUUACAGCAAAAUAUGGGUUCAUUUCCUGGGCAUGUUCUUCCAGGAACAUUGUUUCUUUUUGUUGGGAUUUGGCACACAUGGUGUUCGUUAGUAAGAUUUGUCUCGAAUCCCAAGUCUUUUAGAGUUAGGGUGUGGAAUCCGGUUCCAGGAUUUAAUGGGAAACUGCAGUACUUGGAGCUCUAUGUUAUAACCAUUGGAUCCUUCAUUGACAUGUGUAUAGAGCUUCUCUAUUCAACUCAUCUCAAGUGGUUUGUUAAUGGAGUGUUGAACCCCACUCACAUGAAUAAUUUUGAGCAUGGUGGAAUGCUUCUCAUGUUUUUCAUUUUUGGCUUGAUCGCACUGCUUUCAGAAAAAACCAGCUUUCUUCCCCUGCCAGAAGGAGCUUUGUGCCUGCUCGCUUCCACUGCUUUUGCUGCCGAGUACUUCUUAUUCUAUUUUCAUUCAACUACUCAUCAGGGCCUCGAGGGUUAUUACCACCUCAUUCUCGUUCUCCUAAUAGGCCUCUGCAUUCUGUCUACCAUUGCUGGAGCCCUCAUGCCUACCAACUUUCCUGUUGACUUGUUUUGCGGCAUCGCGAUAACUCUUCAAGGCCUCUGGUUCUAUCAAACUGCAUUUACACUGUACGGGUCCAUGAUGCCAAAUGGCUGUUUGCUUAAAGGAGACAAGAUCAUGUGUCGGUCGACGGACAGUGAAGUCCGGGGAGAAUUGCUUGCCAACUUUCAGCUCUUUUCUCAAGUUCUUGGAGUUUUAGUUGCCACUGUAGGAGCUUAUUGCUAUAUCCAGUCAUCACAUAGUCACAGUGAUCUUCGAAGUUCAAACGCCACAGAAGUUGAGGAUGGAUGAACUCUGGACAUCUUCCCUGUAAAUCAAUUUUGUAUUACUCUCAAUUCUUUCAGGAUUUCAGUCAAUCACAAGGAGGCGUAUAUAUUAGAUAACAUAGAUCCUUUUUUACCCUUUUGGUACCCUUUGUUCUCUUAUAUCAGUGUUCAUUUUAUGCAAUAAACGAUAGUAAUUUUCAUUUCAUUCGUUCAUUAUCAGUCGUUUUUUUAUUUUUUUGAAAAACAUUAUCAGUCGAACGAAUUCUAUCCACUAUUACCAAACAGUGAGUGGUCUUAUUGCCGAGUGAACUUUCAAAAACAUUAAAGAUCACUUUGGUUUUAGUUAGUUUCUUUGUGGAAAAAUAAUUUUCCACCAAAACUUCCAUAUGAUUUUUGUUAGAAGAGUCUUCCUUCAGUUGUUUUUUCUUUUUCUCUAUCUUCUUCUUCUUCUUCUUUUUU